AUGGCUCCGGAUCGCCUUUCUUUACAAAACAUGGAGAAGAAACCCACUGAAAGCUUCAAAGAAUACGCUCAAAGAUGGAGGAAUGUGGCCUCUCAAGUUCAGCCACCAUUGAUCGAGAAAGAGACCACUGUAAUGUUUGUUAACACCUUGCGAGCCCCUUACUAUGAACGAUUGGUUGGUAGUGCCACAAAGAACUUUGCUGAUAUGGUGAUUUCGGGAGAAAUGAUAGAAACUGCCAUUAAACAAGGGAAGAUAGAAGGAGGUGAUACGACAAACACGAGGAAAAGGGGAACUUUCAAGAGGAAAGAGGGAGAAGCCCAAGCCAUCACUUUAGGACAACACCAAGGAGGGAUAUACAACCCUUACCAGCCAUACCCACCAUACCCCUAUUACCCAGCUGUGAACAACACUUCACAAAGCCCAUACCUAUACCCACCCAUGCCAAAUGCCUUUCCUAACUUGUACCCAUAUACUCUUAUCCAACGGACACCUUACCCCACAAAUAUUCACCCACCUACUUCCACACUUGUUACAGCUUCAACCACACAACAAAUAACACCUUCAAACAACCAUACUACCGAUGAAUCAAGAGGAUGGCGGAACAAGCAAGAGAAAGUGCAGUUUGACCCAAUUCCAAUUACAUAUGCUGAACUCUUCACUCAGUUAGUUGCAAACCAUCUGGUGGCACCUUUAUACAUAGAGCCAUUAAAACCUCCAUUCCCGAGAUGGUAUGAUACUUCCACCCACUGUGAUUAUCAUUAUGGAAUCGAAGGUCACUCGAUCGAGAAUUGCACGACAUUCAAGUAUAAGGUGCAAGGGUUGAUCAAGGCAGGAAUCCUGAACUUUGAAAAAAAGUCGGAACAGAAUGUUAACAACAACCCACUACCAAAUCAUGCUGGGGUAAGGGUAAAUGCAAUAGAAAUGGAGGUGUAUAUUAAAAGGAACAUUCGGGAAGUGGAAACCCCCAUGGAAAAAGUAUUUAAAGCCUUGGUAAAAGCCAAUAUGCUCGAGGAUUGGUCGCAAUGUCCUAAUGUGAAUGACUUAGGAGAUAUCCAAAGACUAUGUUGCUUGUAUCACAAAGGAUGUGUGGGGCAUUUAAUCCAGGAUUGUAGUUUUUUUUGGAAGAAAGUGCAAAGAAUGAUGGACGAAUCAAGGAUCGAGUUUUAUAUGGAAGUUUCAGAGUCAGCAGUAAACAUGAUAUCCAAGGAGUCCACUCACCCAAUGAAGAUAAAACCUUUAACCAUUUUCUAUGAACCAAGAAGAGAGUUUGUGGAGGACAGAACCCAUGCCAAGAUGAUCAUCGAAGUCCCUAAACCCUUCCCCUACAAAGACGACAAAGCUGUCCCAUGGAACUACAACUGUAGUGUAAAAGUUUCAAAAGUAGAGAAAUGGAUAGCUGAAUCUCAAGAUGAUGCUGUAAAUAUAACUGGUGUUGGAGGGAUUACCCGCAGCGGACGUUGCUAUUCACCGGAAGCAUUAGAGAAUCUCAAGAAUGAGAAGGGAAAGGAAAAAGAGCAAAGUCUGAGAGAAGAAAAUGUGCAACCUCCGAAAUCGACAGAUGACUCAAAAAGACCGGUGACAAAAAAAGAGGUUGUCGAGUUUUUCAAGUUCAUCAAACAUAGUGAGUACAAUGUGGUCGAGCAAUUGAACAGGUUGCCCGCUCGUAUUUCACUACUAUCUUUGCUCCUUAGCUCGGAACCACAUAGGAACUCUUUGAUGAGGAUUCUGAACCAAGCAUAUGUGGAUCAAGAUAUCUCAGUUGAAAAUUUAGACUACAUCAUUGGGAACAUUUCGGUGGGUAACAUAAUAUCCUUUAACGAUGAAGAAAUCCCCUCUGGAGGUAGAGGAAAUUACAAAGCCUUGCAUAUCACUACCAAGUGUAAAGGCUGUACCAUCGCAAAGGUACUGCUUGACAACGGAUCAUCUUUAAAUGUGAUGCCCAUGAGGACCCUGGCCCGUUUACCCAUCAACAUGUCCUACAUGCGAAAAAGUCAGAUGAUCGUGAGAGCCUUCGACGGAACAAGGACAGAAGUAGUAGGGGAUAUUGAGAUACUGGUAAAAAUUGGCCCGUGUACCUUUACCAUUGAAUUCCAAGUUAUGGAUAUCGCUCCUUCAUACAAUUAUUUGUUGGGAAGACCUUGGAUCCAUAUGGCUAGAGCCAUACCUUCAUCUAUUCAUCAGAAGGUCAAGUUCAUCGUGGAAGGGAAGAUUGUUUGUGUUAACGGGGAAGAAGACUUACUCAUAAGCAAGCCAGCAGAUACUCCUUACGUGGAAGUGACGGAAGAAGUACCUGAAUGUUCCUUUCGAUCCUUCGAGUUUGUUAACACCACAUAUGUUGAAGAAGGAACCACACCGCCUAUUCCGAGGCUUUCCAAAACCACCAAGAUGGCUGUCAGUCAGAUAGUAGGAAAAGGAUACCGAGCGAGGGCAAGACUGGGAAGAGAACUACAAGGCAUUAGAAGGCCCAUACGUGCUUCCAAAAAUGAAGAAAGGUUUGGCCUGGGGUAUAAACCAACUAAGAAGGAAAGAGAAGAAAUGAUAGCCGAAAGAAGAAAGGAAAGGUUGGCUCAUUUUAAGGGGCAUGAAUUGGAAAUCCAAGGAAUGACAUAUCCUCAUCUCUACGAGACAUUCCGAUCUGGAGGUUGCAUUUUACCUGAAUCACUCACCGUUGGGAGCCGAGAAUCAGUGUCAGCUUUAGGGGAAGCCUUUUCUGAUUUAUCAAUAUGUGCAACAGAGGAAGGUGAAGAACAGUCAGGAAAUGUGGAUGGGAUUCCUACUACAUACCUCGGGCCACCGAAUCUAAAGUUGAGCAGCUGGACCACUAUAAGUUUACCAGUCACUUGUGAUUCAAUUUCAAAGAUUCCAACUAAUGAAUGCGAAGAUGAUAAUGACAGUGGUUUAAAAGUUAAUUUUAAAAAAAGUACAAGUGUCAGUGAACUUGAUGAUACAGAAAACGUGGAGGAUUAUGAUUUAACUCCGGACUUGUUAAGACUAGUAGAACAGGAGGGGAGACAAAUUGUCCCACAUCAAGAGAUACUUGAAACGAUAAAUUUGAGAAAUGAAGAAAAUAAGAAAGAAGUUAGAAUUGGCAUGACGUUGGUGCCAAUGGAAAAAGAAAAACUAAUAAAGCUACUCCAUGAAUAUGUAGAUGUGUUUGCAUGGUCCUAUCAAGAUAUGCCAGGACUCAAUACAGACAUUGUAACCCAUAAACUGCCUUUGAAACCUGAAUGCAAACCGAUUAAGCAAAAGUUGAGAAUAAUGAAACCUGAAAUGCUGUUGAAAAUUAAAGAAGAGGUGAAAAAGCAGUUCGAUGUAAGAUUCUUGAAAGUAGUUAAGUACCCUGAACGGGUUGCAAAGAUUGUCCCAGUACCUAAGAAAGACGGGAAAGUGAGAAUGUGUGUGGAUUAUCGAGACUUGAAUAGAGCUAGCCCAAAAGAUAAUUUUUCUCUUCCCCACAUUGACACCCUUGUUGAUAAUACUGCCCGCCAUUCCAUGUUUUCCUUUAUGGAUGGCUUUUCAAGGGCAACUUAUCAACGAGCUAUGGUGACUCUCUUCCAUGAUAUGAUGCACAAAGAGGUUAAGGUGUAUGUGGACGAUAUGAUUGUAAAAGCUCGCAAAACAGAGGACCAUGGGACCAAUCUUGAAAGAUUAUUUAAGAGGUUACGAAAAUUUCAGCUCAAAUUAAAUCCGGCAAAGUGCACUUUUGGAGUCACUUCAGGAAAGCUACUGGGUUUCAUCGUCAGUGAAAGAGAAAUAGAAGUUGACCCGGAUAAGGUUCAAGCAAUUCGUAAUUUGCCUCCUCCCAAAACGCAAAAAGAAGUUAGAGGAUUUUUGGGAAGAUUAAAUUAUAUAGCCCGAUUCAUAUCACAGCUCACACUCAAAUGCGUCCCGAUCUUCAAACUCCUUCGCAAACAUAAUCCUGAGGCGUGGAAUGAGGAGUGCCAAGUUACUUUUGACAAGGUUAAAGAAUAUCUGUUGAGUCCGCCAGUAUUGGUACCACUUGUGGUCGGGAGACCCCUCCUCUUAUACUUGACUGUAAAUGAAGGAUCCAUGGGAUGUGUGUUAGGACAACAUGAUAAAACUGGUAAGAAAGAAAGGGCAGUUUACUACUUGAGUAAAAAGUUCACUGAAUACGAGUCCAAGUAUUCCUCGUUGAAAAAGAUGUGUUGUGCUUUAGCAUGGACGGCACAUCGACUCAGGCAGUACAUGCUAUAUCAUACCACUUGGCUCAUUACAAAGUUGGAUCGUAUUAAAUACAUCUUCGAGAAACCUUUCUUAUCAAGUAGAGUGGCAAGAUGGCAAGUGUUACUGUCUGAAUAUGAUAUUGUAUAUAUGUCCCAAAAAGCUAUCAAAGAAAGUGCAAUCGCUAAUUUUCUUGCAGAAAGGGUGGAAAAGGAUUAUGAACCAAUGGAGUUUGAGUUUUCGGAUGAGGACUUGAUGUCAAUAUGCCAAACAAGUGGGGAGAAAUCGGAGAAAGAGAAUUGGAAGAUGUUUUUCGACGGAGCUUCGAAUGCCUUGGGGCAUGACAUAGGGGUCGUGUUAGUGUCACCAGAAGGAGAUCAUUAUCCCAUCAUAGCUAAACUCAACUUCUAUUGCACCAAUAAUGUGGCUCAAUAUGAAGCUUGUGUCAUGGGUCUUCAGGCAACAAUCGAGAGGAAAAUUCACAUUUUGGAAGUGUAUGGGGACUCUACUUUGGUUAUUUAUCAGUUGCAAGGAGAAUGGGAGACACGUGACUCGAAGUUAGUCCGAUAUCACAAUGUAAAAGAAGAAAUAGACGAGAAAUCGUGGUACCAUGAUAUUGUGCAUUAUCUCAAGUUUCAGCAGUACCCGGAUCAAAGCUCAGAAAAUGAUAAGAAAACCAUUAGAAGGUUGGCAAUGAAUUUCUUCUUGGAUAGGAACAUCUUAUACAAGAGAAGUAGGGAUCAAACGCUUUUGAGAUGCGUGGAUUCAACCGAAGCUCGGAGAAUAAUUGAGGAAGUUCACGAAAGAAUUUGUGGAGCACAUGCAAGUGGACAUAAGUUGGCAAGAUAG